AUGAAAAGUUUCAACCAUCCAAAAUCUAUAGAUAAAAGCCUUUCAAAAUCAUUUUCAAUACAUAGCGUUAGUGAUGUGGAGCUUUCUGACUAUAAACCUCCACAAACAUUUACGAUUAACAAGCCAAAAUCAUUCCGCCACACAGAUGGGUCGAUGCAUCUUGAAUGGAAGCACCGCCCAUCCAAAGCGCUUGUUGUAGAAAAGAUCAAUUCUCCAGAAUCAAGACAAUUUCUUAUCGAAGUUGUUCAAUAUCUUCACUUUGAAAAAGCAAUUGUUCCUUAUAUUGAACCUUACGUUGCAAAAGAGCUUACAGGCUUUAAAUUUACCGAAACAUUUGAAGAUGUGGAAGCUACGCCUAUUGAUUUUGUGCUAGUUUUUGGUGGCGAUGGCACUUUAUUACAUGUUGCUUCACUUUUCCCAGAAUAUGCUCCACCAAUUGUUCCAUUUGCAUUAGAUCAGCAAGGAUUUCUUACACCCUUCCUUGCAAACGAUUACAAGAACUGUUUAGAACUUUUAUUAAGAGGUUCAUUUUAUGUUACUCUUCGAACUCGACUUUACUGCGAUGUUAUUCGCAAUAAUCAAAUUGAAGAAGUUUAUCAAGCACUUAAUGACAUUGUUAUCGCGCCAAGUGAAACAGGAAAAGUUUGUGCCUUAAAUUGCUUCAUUGAUGACGAGCUUUUCUCAACAUUGUACGGCGAUGGAUUAAUUAUCUCAACAUCUACUGGUUCUACUGCCUACAACUUAAGUGCUGGCGGUGCUGUUGUAAAUCCUUCAAUUGCAGCAAUUUUAUGGACUCCAAUUUGCUCCCAUGCUCUAAGUGCACAUCCUAUUAUACUACCAGAUUGCGUUUACGUUUCAAUUUGUAUAGAUCCGAACUCCAGAACAGAAUUACCUUAUGGAGUUGCAAUAGACACUAAAAGAGCUCAAAUAAAGAAAGGAGAUUUUAUUGGUAUCCACCAAAGUCCAUUUCCAAUACCUACUGUCUGUGCAUCUGAACCAAUGAAUUAUUGGCUCAAAUCACUAACAAGUAUUCUUGAAUAUAAUGAACCAAUGGAUGUUGAGGAGUAG